AUGGCGCCCGCAGCAACCGGAGGCAAGAAGCAAAAGAAGAAGUGGUCCAAGGGCAAGGUCAAGGACAAGGCCCAGCACGCCGUCGUCCUCGACAAGGCCACCAACGACAAGCUUCAGAAGGAUGUCCAGUCCUACCGUCUGAUCACUGUCGCCACCCUUGUCGAUCGUCUCAAGAUCAACGGCAGCCUUGCCCGCCAGGCUCUCAACGACCUUGAGGCCAACGGCCAGAUCAAGAAGGUCGUUGGACACUCCAGCCUGAGCAUCUACACCCGUGCCGUCACCGCCGAGUAA